AUGGGGUCCAGGAAUCUGCACUUGGGUGUGAUUAAAGUUAAAGGCACUGUUUUUGAAGGACUCAGUCUGUGCGGCCCCCUGCUGUCCGCCCGCACCCGAGGCCGUAAGCCAGAAUUUUCAGAGUCAAAAGCAGCAAAUGCUUCUGCGGCUCCCCGGUCAUUUUUUCUCAGGAAUCCCAGUGAUAGAUUUGAAGCGCUCCCACUGGAAGACUAUGAAGAGAAAAAUCAAAGUGGAUUCAUUGAAGACAGAUUAAGCUCCAUCAAUCAAAGUGGUCUUCUUCAAAAACCACCCCCUGCAUUCAUCUCAAAAGACGCCUCAGGAUAUCUGACCAGCGCCUGGUUGACUCUCUUUAUCCCUUCCAUCUACACGGGCGUGUUUGUAGUAAGCCUUCCUCUAAACAUCAUGGCCAUCGUUGUAUUCAUCUUGAAAAUGAAGAUCAAGAAGCCUGCUGUGGUGUACAUGUUACACUUGGCCACGGCGGAUGUGCUCUUCGUGUCUGUGCUCCCGUUUAAGAUCAGCUACUACUUUUCUGGAAGCGAUUGGAAAUUUGGGUCUGAAAUGUGUCGCUUCGUCACUGCGGCGUUUUACUGCAACAUGUAUGCCUCCAUCAUGCUCAUGACAGUCAUCAGCAUCGACCGGUUUCUGGCUGUGGUGUACCCCAUCCAGUCCCUCUCCUGGCGUACUCUGGGGAGGGCGUCCAUCAUCUGUGUGGCCAUCUGGGCUAUGGCCAUCUCAGGGGUGGUGCCUCUUCUCCUCAAGGAGCAAACUACCCAGGUGCCGGGGCUCAACAUAACCACCUGCCAUGACGUGCUCAAUGAAACCCUGCUCGAAGGCUAUUAUGCGUAUUACUUCUCAGCCUUUUCUGCUGUCUUCUUUUUUGUGCCGUUGAUCAUAUCCACAGUCUGUUAUGUGUCCAUCAUUCAGUGUCUUAGCUCUUCCGCAGUUGCCAACCGGAGCAAGAAAUCCCGGGCUUUGUUCUUGUCAGCUGCUGUUUUCUGCAUUUUCAUUAUUUGUUUUGGACCCACAAAUGUCCUCCUGAUUCUGCAUUACGCAUUCCUUUCUCAUAAUCCUUCAACAGAGGCUGCCUACUUUGCCUACCUCCUCUGUGUCUGCGUCAGCAGCAUAAGUUGUUGCAUUGAUCCCUUGAUUUACUAUUAUGCUUCCUCUGAGUGCCAAAGGUACCUGUAUAGUAUCCUAUGCUGCAAAGAAAGUUCUGAUCCCAGUAGUUAUAACAGCAGUGGUCAGCUGAUGGCAAGUAAAAUGGAUACCUGCUCUAGUAACCUGAAUAACAGCAUAUACAAAAAGCUAUUAACUUAAGAAAAGGGACUGCUGGCGGGUUAAAAGAGCAAAUAAUCUGAGGAUUUUAUUAGUCCCUGCCAAAAAAAUAUUUACUUUACCAUCUAAAACCACAAAUGUAUGAUUUGUAUGUCUCUUAAGAGAGCUGUUAAGCAUAUGUAUUUGUUAUUUACAGAAAAAGAUAACAUGAAUUUAAGACAGUUAUUCCAAAUCAGUAUUUCCAAUACUACAAUAAUAACUGAAUGCUACUUUUUUUAUAUAUUUAGGUGACUUGCUAUACAUAUGUGUGUGUGUAUGUAUAUAUAUGUGUAUGUAUACACACACUUGUAUCAGUUGCAGUGCAGUAGAGAAUAGGCAUUUUGAAACCCUCUCUUUUCCCUCAGAGAUUAUGAAAAUAAACUCUGGUUCUCUGAUUUAAUAUGCAGCAUUUAGGAUGGUGGAGUUUAUCCCUGAACAUCUGAAGAUGUCCAUCAGUAGUUAGGGAUCCUGUAGUUUAGACUUCCACAGCUUUUACAAAUAAGUGUAUUUUGAAAUUUUUCAGCAGUUUUAAGUUAUUGAGAGAGAAGACAGUACUGUCUGUGAGUAGAAAAAGUGCUCCUGUUUUUUUUUUUUUUUCAUUUUAAACAUAUCAAAGUUUAAAUUCUUUAACUUAUGAAAACGUGAUAUGAGUAGCAUUUUUGAUGUUUUACACACUGUGCAUGUAAACCAAGAAUGAGAGUGGUCUCUCUAGUGACCUGAGGUUGGUUUUCAAACCCACCCCUGGAGGAAAGACUCAAAGCACUACAUACAUGGCAGGGUCGUUUCAGACACGGAUCGGCCAGAAACCCUACUGCUGGGCCUCCUAGAUUGUAGAGGGAUCAGGACCACCACAUUUGCUCUUUCCUCCUGGGAUUUCCUCAAGGGUCGGCUGUGAACUGAUUGUGCUUAUUACAAAUUGGCUAAGUAGGAUGUGCGAGUGCAGAAGAUAAUGAGCAUAAGAGUUAUCUGCCCGUUUUAAGAACAGAGAAAGAAGGCACGUUUACUUCCAGCAGUUAUCCUACAAGGUCCAUUCUCAGAUGGAAACCCCCGUGGAGCAAACACGAAUACCUAUUAUGUGCUCUAGGUACUCUGAUGAGUGCUGGGCAAUAGAGUUGAAUAAAACUGAGACCUGCCCUCAAGGAAAACGAAUUAGACUAAUACAUACAGUGCGAUAUGUGUAUAAUAAAUGUCAUUAUCUAAAGAAGCAUUUUUAGCCAGAUGUCAUCAAACAAGUUUCACACAGCCUAUCAACUGAAGAACUUUGAACAUUUGAAUUAUUGCUUCCUAUGGUUAUAACUUGAGAUGAAAACAUAAUACAAUACAGGAAAUGUAUUUUUACAGAUGAAUCCUUCAGUCUACAUUAAUUGGAUGCUGUUUAUUUACAAAUGUUUUCAAUAAAUUACUCAAAUCAUAUUUUUUAAAAAGAAUUAUGUCAGUCCGAUUGGAAAUAACGGAAGAAAAUUAAAUUGACUUUGAAAUCUAGCAAAAUUAUAUUUUCCAUUCACUUUUCUUACUAAUUAAUUAGAUGAUUUUUAAAGCAUUUUUUAACCACAUGAUAAGUGUCAAGUACAGAAAGUCCUCAUGGAUUUGACAAAAUAAUUUGAAAAUUAGGUUGAGUUGUAUCUUUUUUCCAUAUAAAAAAAUGUUUUUUUAAACCAAAAAAAGUACAAAGUUGCAAGGCAAAUGCUUACCUAUUUAAAAGAAACUAUUUCCAAAUGCUAUGUAAUAAUUUACAUUAAAGUAUGUAUUGUAAGUAGCAGUGAGCAUUGAUUUUAUUAAUUUAGUUACUGUUCAUUUUAUCCAACUCAGUGGAGAUUUACUAUCAUUGUUUAUUCAAUAUGUAUAUAUUAAAAUACCUCUGACUUAAUAUGACUAUCAUUACUAUAUUAUCAGUCUAUACUUAUAUCACUGUUUCUAUGUUCUCUUUUUUAAAAAUGUAUAUAACCUAUAUUAAUAAACAUAAAAGUUUGCAUGGUA